AUGACUGAUGUUGUGGCACAUGGACUGGAAGAAAACUAUGUUGAUGAAGACGUCGAGGGAGCCUGCCAGUCGUACUCUCAUGUAACAGAACUGGAGGGCGAUGGCAUCUCUGCUAUGGAUAUCAAGAAGCUGCAGGAGGCCGGGUUGCACACUGUUGAGGCUGUCGCCUACACGCCGGUUCGCAAGCUGGCACAAAUCAAGGGCAUAUCAGAGACGAAGGCACAGAAGCUGUCUGACAUGGCCUACGGCCGAGUGGAUAUGGGCUUUACUGUUGCUUCUGUGGUGCAUGCUCGUCGCGAGUCGCUCAUCACGUUGACAACCGGAUCAAAGUCACUGGACACCCUGCUCGGUGGCGGAGUUGAGACCGGUUCGCUUACUGAGUUGUUUGGAGAGUUUGCCACGGGUAAAUCACAGCUCUGCCAUACGCUGGCGGUGACUUGCCAAUUGCCCGUUGAUAUGGGCGGCGGAGAGGGCAAGUGCAUGUUCAUUGAUACCGAGGGCACCUUCCGCGGUGACCGCAUCAAGGCUAUUGCCAAACGGUUCCGUGUCGACGGAGACGAGGCAUUGCGAAACAUCGCCUAUGCCCGUGCUCAAAAUAGCGACCAUCAAAUGAAACUCCUGAACAAAGCAGCAGAGCUAAUGGCCGAAACCCGCUUCUCCCUGCUCAUUAUUGACUCGGUCAUGGCUCUUUUCCGCACUGACUACUUGGGCCGGGGCGAACUCAGCGCUCGCCAACAGGCGUUGUCGAUGUUCUUGCGUCAGUUGCAGAGUCUCGCGGACCAAUACGGUGUUGCCGUGGUCAUGACCAACCAAGUCACUUCUCAGGUCGACAGUAUGCCUGGGUUCAAUCCCGAUCCCAAAAAGCCCGUGGGCGGCAAUAUCAUCGCACAUGCGUCGACAACUCGUCUCCAGAUCCGCAAACGCAAAAACGGGCUCCGGUGCUGUAAAAUCUACGACUCCCCCUGUCUGGCGCCUGGUGAAUGUUUAUUUGGUAUUUAUGACGAGGGUAUCGAUGACGCCCGUGAUCUCGACGAAGAGUAA